GGCAUUCUCUCAAAGAAAUGAGGCAAAGAAUGCCAGCUGAAGAAGGCCUGAGAUUAUUUUGUGAUUGUAAGCAUCUCUUCAUUACCUAAGCUACCUAGGUAGUACAUUCGGUUUUUCUGGGCCUCUGUUGAAGGAGGGAAAAUUGGAUGGAACGUGAAUUACAGCUGGCAAAGCUUUGAGAUCACCUGCCAAUGACGUCGCCACUUACACCACGGGCAUGCUAGCAGCGGCAGGCAGUCAGCAAACGAACACCGAACACCUUGUGACCUUGGGUAAUUCAUUCGAAAGAAGGAGCGGGCAUCGGCGCAAUAUCGUACCGGAAGUCUGCAAAAGAGGGCCAGAACUUCCUUUGACACAUAUUCCACCUCUUGAACUACGUUCGCAGCUCACCAACUCCCCUCCAAAGCCAUCAUUGUCACCGUCAAUACAACUAGAUCCGAUCCUACAUUCAUUCAAAGAACACUCACGAUGGCUCCCAUCCAAGUCUACACUAAAUCCCCCAUCAACGCCGCCAAAGCCUCCGGCGCAACCCCGCAAACCGCCGCCCCAGCCGAACCCCCCAACAACAACCCCCCAGCCCACACAACUACCACCACCACAACCUCACCAUACCAACCCUCUCCCAACCCACCCCCAACACGAACCACCCCCUCCCAACAACAACAAGGCCCGCCUCCCCCACAACCAGGCGCAGUCCCGCGCCUCCCCGAAGCCACCGGCCUCCCAACCGCGACGUCCUCCGUCCCACCCCCGCCCCGCGCAGGCGCAGGCGCCGCACCCCCGGCACCGACCGCCGCGCCGACCCAGCCCCCGAGCGCCAGCGCCAGCACAACAACAGGCUACCCGCCGCCGCCGCUGCCCCAGAUGGGCAUCCCGCCACCGCAGACGGGGUACAACCAGCGCGGAACGAGCAGCAACUACGGCCCGGGGUCGGCGGCUUCAGGGGUGGGGUUGGGUAGCUUAGGCGGCGGCGGUGGUGGUGGUGGUGGUGGUAUGGGCUCGAUGUCGGGGCCGGCGGGGUAUCAGCAGAACGCGUCUGCGUCGGGGUAUGCGCCGCCGCCGCCGACGGCGUACCACCAGUCCGGGCGGGGCGGGGAGGGGGAUGGGGAUGAUGAGGAGGGUUUUUUGGGGUCGGCGAUGAAGCUUGCCAAGGCGGCGGGGGAGAGGCUGUCGGCGGCGGAGAGCGAGGUUUGGAGGAGGAUUAAUGAGGGGAGUAAAUAGGCGUGGGUGUGAGGAGAACUUCGAUGUGGGUGGGAGG